ACAGGACAUGCAUGUUAAUGUAGCUUUGAGAUGUCUCGCAAAGUGAAUCUUGUGACCAUAACUGGCUAUUAGGUAAAUGAGAAGAAGGCAAACUGCAAAUUAGACCCUGGACUUAAAUUAGCUUGUCACAUAAACUAAAAUAUGAUUAUACACUGAAACAUUUUAAGUCUUAAAAAUGAAAUAAAUACAUGAACUUACAAGCUUUUUGAAAGUGAAGCAUCAAGGUGUCUGUGUUUUUAAUGCAUCGUUUCUUGGAAAGGUAAUGAAAAUGCAUUUUAAGCAACUAUUGACAUGAGUUAAAUCUUAGUUGUGCAGGAAAGCGAAAAAAAAUGGCAUCAUCUCACACUGUGUAAGCACCUCCCGUUAUUUUGCUUUAUGGGUGGGUGGGGCUGGGGGGUUCAUGACUUAGGGGGUCUCUCUUUGGAAAUGAGUUUAAUGAGUCAGUGUUCCACCUGCACAGCAAUCGUGAUGAAUGUUUACUGCAUCAUAUUUGUCCUUCGGUUGUUCUCCUGGUUUUCAGCGGCAACGGGGAGCAGCAUAGUGGGCGGUGAGGUUUCACUGCCUCAUUCCAGACCCUACAUGGCAUCACUGCAUUCCCACGGAGCCUACGUAUGUGGCGGAGUGCUAAUUCGCAAAGACUUUGUUUUGACUGCGGCCCACUGCUUCAAUGAGUCAAUGACAGUCAUACUCGGGGCACACAACAUAAGAAAGCGUGAGAAAAGCCAGCAACGGAUUGACGUGGACAAGUUCCAUCCUCAUCCAAAUUACACUCAACACGACGGCAACGACGUAAUGCUACUUAAGUUGCAACCUAAUGCCAAACUCAACAAGUAUGUCCAACUGAUUGAAGUGCCCAAGGGGAAGACGACGUUGCAAACCAAUACAAAAUGUAUUGUGGCUGGCUGGGGCCAAACUGUAGGUGGAAAAAAACAGCCGGGUACUACUUCGGAUGUACUGAAGGAGACCACCGAGAAGACACAAUUCCCCUUUGAAUGCAAAAAUGUUUGGCAGUACUACUUUCACUCUGAUCGCAUGAUGUGCACCAGGCCUGAAAAGAAAGGAGGGGUUUGUUGGGGGGAUUCUGGAGGACCAAUAAUCUGCAACGACGAGCUUCAAGGAAUAACAUCCUUUGUUUACCGGGAUGACUGCAGUUAUCGCAAGUAUCCGCAUGUCUUCACUAAAAUCCACCCCUUUCUCACCUGGAUUAAGAAAGUGAUGCGGAGGAAUGUUGCAGCAUGAGCCCACCGCAAUAUUUGUUCACUUGAUCAAUGCUGAUUAGAUUGCAUGCGGACGUAACUGCUCUUAGUUCUUAGAAAAGAAGCAGAGCAGGUACUGUUCAUUCAGAAGGAGUGCACACAACUCCUAUGAUUGUCUGCGUCACCUGUAUUCAAUACUGCAUAAAGAUAAAUGGACAUGACUUGAGUGUGCUUUGUUAGCUGUGUGGCCUAAUAUAGAUGUCUGCUUUGCCGAUUCUUCUUCCUUUAGCUUCCUUUUGUCAAGGGAAACAUUAGUGUUAAAAGCCUUAUAAUAUUCAUUUUCCUGGCACAUUCCAUAAUUAAUAUUCUCAGAAGCACGGGCCGCCCGGUGAAUGAGUGGUAAGCAUGUUGGCCUCAAAGUGCAGAGGCGCAGGAUUCAAUUGCGGCUCCGGCCUUCCUGUUUGCAGUUUACUUGUUCUCCCCGUGCCUGUGUGGGUUUUCUCCGGGUACUCUGGUUUCCUCCCACAUUCCAAAAACAUGCAUGGCAGGCUGAUUGAACACUCUAAAUUGUCCUGAGGUGUGUGAGUGCGUACGGAUGGUUGUUCGUCCCAGUUUGUCCUGCAAUUGGCUGGUAAGCGUUUCACGGUGUCCCCCGACUACUGCCCGAAGGUAGCUGGGAAAGUCUUCAGCACCCCCCGCGAGCCUUGUGAAGAUAAAGCGGAUCAGAUGAUGGAUGGAUGGAUAUCCUCAGAUUGUCUCCAUCAAAAUAUGAACUACAAUUGUUGUAAGAAUAUUUUAAUAGUUUUUCAAAAUUUGGAAAUGGGUGAUUUAUCUACAAUCAAUGAUUCUGAGAAGAGGAAAGUGUGUUUAGCAUAGUCUUCAACUGUAACAAUUAUUUCCUGACAAAAUGUUUGAAUUUAAAAAUUGGCUGUACUAUGCUUAUUUGUAGGAUUGUCAUUAUACAUUUAAAAUGAUUUUAAAUCAUCAAACUAAAUGUGCCAUUCAAGGACAUUUCUUUUAAAUUCUAUGAACAAAAAUAGUCUCUGGGUUGACUUGGGUUAUUGAACACGACAUUUUCAAUAGCUUUAGCAUUGAUCACAAGACAGUAUGCAUGUUUGACUGGUUUACACAAGACUUUAAUUAAAAACGAAUGGUUACAUUGUAAAUGAAGAAAUGUACAAAGAAUAAACAAAAGUGAAAAUGCAUUUGACGGCAAUUGCAAGACAAGUCUGGAGGAAAUCCACAUUUGUAAAAGUCAGACCGCACACCGCAUUUAGUCAUAGUGCAAACUCUUGAAGUUGAAGCGCUUUCGGUCUGUGAAGCCUGUCAUCUGCAGAGACACAUAACAUGCAUUUAUACUUAAAGACAUGAGAAGGACAUUUUUGCGAUGCUGAACAAUAUUUGCAUAAUCGCGGAACAACUUUUUUUAAGCAAACAGAAAUAAAGGCACAACUCACCUGA